AUCUUACACAUUCCCCGCCACUGGUAUGGAGAUGAUCCUGGAGACUGUUCACAUCCCAGCACUUGUUCGGUCCUGAUCAUACAAAUGUCCGCAUGACGCGCUGCCGACUUUGACGAUCUACAUUGAACAACAUAUCACUUUCACAUCCCAUUCUCAAUAUGUCGGUUGAUCUUGACUGGUCGAAGCUAGAUGUCAAUCUGGCAGACUCUGUCCUGACUAUUCUCAAUAAUUACUUGGCUGGGAUGCCCCGUCCUGACUUCAUCGGUCCGAUAUCUGUCACUUCGUUGGAUUUCGGGACCAUGGCCCCAAAUAUGGAGCUCAUCGACGUGAAGGACGUGAACCCGGAGUUUCUGCAAAAUGAUGAAUUUCCGGAAACCACAAUGGAGCGCCUUUCUCCCAAACAAUUGGACGCUCGGUACCAACACUUGCCCUUUCAUGUUCGUCAAGGACCGGACGAGUUUGGUGCCCCGCCACCGCCUUCUCCGAAGGCCGACUGGACAUCAGAUCUCGAAAGGAAGGAAGCGGCAUCCCCGUCCUCGUUGUGGCCACCUCUCCAACUGCACUUCCAUCUGGCGUACCACUCGGACUUGCGACUGACAAUGACAACUUCCCUGCUGAUUAAUUAUCCCUCGCCUCUCUUUUUGUCGCUCCCUAUUAAACUUCACCUCACCAGCAUGCAGCUAAAUGCCGAAGUUAUCAUUGCAUUUGACUCCAUGAUGGGCAAACGAAGAUUGCAUUUCUGCUUGGUCGAAGAAUCAGACCCUUCAAUGAUGCAUCCUAGUCCCUCCGCGGAGCAUUUAGGUGCUCUCCCCACCCCGGAGAAACCUCCCCCUGUGGGCAUGAGGAUGUUGCCUCAGAUAGUUAUCGAAUCUGAAAUCGGAGAUGCCGAUAAACACGCCCUCAAGAACGUUUCACGAGUAGAGCGAUUUAUCCAGGAUGCAAUACGCAAUCUCAUUGUAGACGAGCUUGUAUUCCCAAAUUUUCAAACUAUUGUAUUUGACUACUAA